CUUGCCUACAUUAAAUAAAACCUUCCAGCCACUUCAAGCUGAUCUAGGGUUUCUGUUUCGCCGCUCAGGUUUUGUGGUAAGGAUCGCUGUUGUUUGAGUAAUGGCUCCAGCUAAAGUUGAUGUCACUAAGAAAGCUGACCCGAAGGCUAAGGCCUUGAAAGCUGCGAAAGCAGUGAAAUCAGGCCAAGUCUUCAAGAAGAAGGAUAAGAAGAUCAGAACAAAGGUGACUUUCCACAGGCCAAAGACAUUGACAAAGGCCAGGGACCCAAAGUACCCACGUAUCAGUGCAACUCCAAGGAACAAGUUGGAUCAUUACGGGAUCCUCAAGUACCCUCUCACUACCGAAUCAGCGAUGAAGAAGAUUGAAGACAACAACACUUUAGUCUUCAUUGUCGACAUUCGUGCUGACAAGAAGAAGAUCAAAGAUGCCGUGAAGAAGAUGUAUGACAUUCAGACCAAGAAAGUCAAUACCCUCAUUAGGCCUGAUGGAACGAAGAAGGCGUAUGUGAGAUUGACUCCUGAUUAUGAUGCUUUGGAUGUGGCUAACAAAAUCGGCAUCAUCUAAUCUAUCAUCCUUGUUCUCCCCUUUUUCUUUUGGAGUUAAAAACAGACUUUUUGUUUUUGUCUUCCAUAGUCUCAGUUUUGCUAGAGAAUUUAAAAGAUCUUUAUCAUCAUCUCUUUCUUGUGUCUUUAUCGUUUUUUUGCGAAGAUUAUAUGUUUGGUAUUUUCUGGAUGCGGUAUUAUUUCUUUUAUCUUGUUCCAGUUACUCUUGCGGUCUCUCUCAUACCUCUAUUUAGUUAUACUAAAUCCUAAUUUUGUAUCUUUAA